AUGCUUUCAAAACUCAACUCCCUUUUGGAUAAUUUAAUCUUUUCUGGUUCUAAUUUGGAGAAACCCAAGUUGAGGUUUCUCCUUUCCUGCACAUAUCCAUUGUGUAAUCAAGAAGCUGCAUUCGAAGAUUGCGAAAACGAGGCGAGGAAGAUGCAUUGUGCCCCUCAAGAGAUAGGUAAUGAUAGUCCAAACGUUUCAGAAGCAAGAAAGGAUUCCAUAUCAACAAUAUAUCAACAACAAAAUAGAUUCACAUCUUUAGAGGGUUGUCAAGAAUCUUCUCUUUCAAGGACUAACUCUGAUAGCAGGUGUGCCAUCAUUUCAUUCCUUAACUUUGAGCCUGAUGGAACCUGGAGAAUUGUUGCCCUACCAGUGCAGUGUCUCAAUCACAUUAACUUAGCUUCUGGUGUAAAUAUGGAUGGUGUGCAACUGCUUUUCCCUCCACCCCUUAAUAGGUUGAAGAUUGAUCAAUGUAAGGGCCCUAGAGUGCCUCUUCCUACAUAUGCUUAUUCAGCUAAAUCAGGUACAAAAAAAGGCUUUACUAGUUCAGCUGUGCGUCGACGAUGUCAAAACAAGAUUGCUAACAGAGCUUCUAAACUGAAUGAACUCCCUGACAAUUCAAGCUCUCAAAGUUCAUUAGUCUGCAGCUCUGAUUUGUUCCCUGAUAAUUCUGAGGAAAUUAAUUCAUCUGAUAAGUACACAAUUAAUUCCAAGGAGGAGGACAAGUCUUUGAAAAAAAACUCAAAAAAAAGGGCAAGAAAGAAAGUAAGACGGAGUAAGAAGAAAUCAAGUGACAGUGGCUCUACUGAGCGCGAAGUUCUUACUGAGGAAUAUGUCUGUGUAAGUUUGACUUCUGAAACCUGCAGCAGCAAUGACGUGGAUAAGGAGGGUGUGGCAGAAUUUUCAAUAUCUGAUGAUAUAUUAAUAAAAUCUGAUUGUGAUAGAAAUGAGCUGAAUGACAACAUCAUUGUUAUGGAAGCACCUAAUAAUAGUAACUCUUAUCUUGAUCAGGCAGUGAUGUCAAAAGAUUCUGCACUUAUUGUUCCAAGUUCUGCAGAAGAAUGUGUCACAUUUGACUCCAAGAAUCAGCUCAAAGACAGGGACCCUGAUUUUGCAGUCAUUGAUAGAGAAAUAAAGGACAUUCCACACGCUCAGCCAUGCAGUUUUAAUGAUAUACAAGACUCUUUUGUGCUGGAUUCAGUUUCAGUUGGUUCCAGAAGUGAUGAAAGUGUAAAUGCAGAUGAUAUAGGAAAACAGUCCAACAAGGCAAAUUGCACAACCACUUCAGAUUCAGGAGAUGGAUAUUUCCUUGGUCAAAACUUGACUAAUGGUAUUCACAAUAACUGUGAACAUAUUGAGGGAAUCAGGCACGGUGGUCAAAAUUGCAUCAAUAAUGAUAAGAGAGUUAAGCAGAAGAGAGCAAUGUCGAACAGUGCAGCUUUAAACAAAUUUGGAGCUGUUGGAAUUUUGCAUGGUCGUAAAGGGAAGGAAAACAGUCAUUCUGUGUGGCAAAAGGUUCAGAAGAAUAGUUCUGAUGAAUGUGGCAGUGAUUUGAAGAAAGUAAACACUACUUUGUCCCAACUUGCUUCUACUGUGGAAAAGGAUCCUUCAAUUAUCAAAGAAUGUAAUUCUGUUGGUGUAAAUGGUGUGACAAAAACUGAGGAUAAAAAACACAUGAAAAAUAAAAUGGGUAAGAAAUCAAAAGGUAAAAUGGACUCGCUGUCAAAAAAGGGACACAGCAAUUAUUCUAAGAAGGGUUUGCAUUUUAACAGGUCUUUUUCGAAUGAUCAUGGGAAGGUUGGUGUUCAACAGAGUGAUAUGUUGCGUAUCUCAUCUCAGGAAAUUGAUCAACAAGGAUUGAACAAUGACUCUGAAUUUAAUUCUGAUGUUAAUUGCCUGAUGGAUGGGGUCCAGACCGAUGGAGUUGAACAGGUAACGUCUGAAAUGGUUCACAGAGCAGAAUUUCAUCUGGAGGAGUCAGAUCCACAAAAAAAUGCCUUCCAUACAGGCGCAAACGCAAACAAGGAAAAUAUAGAUAGUCAGGAUAGCUCAUUAGUAAUGCCAAUUGAGAACGUUAAUCAAUCAAGUAUGUCCAUAGAGUUGUCUGCAGUGUCUUGCAAUCUUGAAGGUGAUGAGAUUGGUCAAACAGAGAAAGAAGUUUCUGCUGCAGACUACAACGCACAAAACCACGGCUCUGGAAUUACGCUAUGGAAAUGGAUACCAGUUGGGAAAAAGGAUACAGGGUUGGAAAAAUCUGAAUCUAAUAUUUCACCGCCAGAUUUCUCUGAUGCAUCCUCUAGUAACAAUUUUAACUAUGAAAGCAGUGUUGAACCAGAAGUGUCCCCUUCUGAAAAUAAGGAUUCUUCACUAAAUACAAGCAGAAUAUCAAGCGACAAUGUGUCCUGUCUAGAUGAGGGCGAGGGUGAGAACCAUAAAUUGGGUGGUCAGGUUGCAUGUACGUUGACACAGCACAGGGACAAGCAUGAAGUUUCUAACCACAUGUUUUAUGAAAGCAAAAAUCAAGACAUGUUAGAAAAAUAUUCUUACAGAAUAUCUAAAGCUGUGAAUGAUGCAUGUAGGGCGCAACUAGCUUGUGAAGCACUGCAUAUGGCUACAGGUGGUCCAGUUGCAGAGUUUGAAAGACUACUACAUUUGGGUAGUCCUGUUAUUUGUAAAUCAGUCAAUUCAGUCAGUUGUGCCACCUGCUCACACAACCAUACUGGUAGUGUCUCACUGUGUAGACAUGAGAUCCCUAACCUAUCUUUAGGAUGCCUGUGGCAGUGGUAUGAGAAACAUGGGAGCUAUGGAUUAGAGAUAAGGGCUCAGGAUCAUGAAAUUCCAAAGAGACAAGGAGGUGUUAGUGAUUUUCCAUUCCGUGCCUACUUUGUCCCUUCUUUAUCAGCCGUUCAGCUGUUUAAGAACCAUGAAAAUCAAUGGGUAAAUAGCGGUGACAAGGUUUCAAAUUGUGAGGUUUCAGAGGCAUGCGAAAUGAUUGAUAUUUCAGAAAACUCAUCUAUUGCCAGUCAACAUUCAAUAUUUUCUGUUCUCUUUCCUCAGCCUCGCAAUCCGGAUGCAAUCACUGAAACACCAAAGGAGAUGGCUUCCAUCAGUAAUACAUCUAUUCCGUCUUACAACUCAAAGGGCUCUGGUGAUUUUGAACUUCUUUUUGAAUAUUUUGAAUUUGAGCAACCUCAACAAAGACAGCCUCUGUAUGAGAAGAUACAAGAACUGGUUAGAGGAAAUAUACCAAUCCAAUCUUCAACUUAUGGGGACCCAACAAAACUGGAUUCAAUAAACCUGCGAGAUCUUCACCCUAGAUCUUGGUUCUCAGUUGCAUGGUAUCCUAUUUACCGCAUACCAGAUGGCAACUUUCGGGCAUCUUUUUUGACUUACCAUUCACUUGGACAUUUGGUUCGUAGAAGAACGGGUUCAGAUUUGUCAACAUUAAGUUCUUGCAUAGUAUCCCCAGCUGUGGGUCUUCAAAGCUACAAUGCUCAGGGUGAAUGCUGGUUUAAGCUGAAGCAUUCUGCACUGGCAGCACAAAUGGUGGGCUUAGACUCUUCUUUAGUUCUCAGAGAACGUUUGAAGACACUGGAGGAAACAGCAUCUCUGAUGGCAAGAGCUGUGGUCAACAAGGGGAACCUAACAAGUACAAACAAACACCCCGAUUAUGAGUUUUUCUUGUCUAGGCGACGGUAUUGA